CGCAGGUUAUUCUGAAAAAUGCUCGGAUUCUUAAAGCAGCCAAUUGUCUUUUCGGUGGAAAUCAAUGUCAAUCUGGUGGUUUUGACUGUGGUUGGAUUGGUCAGCCGGCUGUGGGCUCUAUCCUAUCCCAGAGCUGUAGUUUUUGAUGAAGUUUACUACGGCCAGUUCCUCUCCUUGUACAUGAAGCGGAUAUUUUUCAUAGAUGAUAGCGGGCCGCCGUUCGGCCACAUGCUUUUUGCUCUCGGAGGUUAUUUAGGGGGAUUUGAUGGAAAUUUUCUGUGGAACAGGAUAGGAGCAGAAUACAGCUCCAAUGUGCCCAUCUGGGCUUUGCGGCUGCUACCAGCCAUAGCUGGUGGCUUAUGCGUCCCCUUGGCGUACCAAAUCCUGGUUGAGUUGCAUUUCACCCAUUUCGUUGCCCUGGGUGCUGCGGUCCUGAUUUUACUUGAAAAUUCACUAAUUACUCAAUCCAGGUUGAUGCUGCUGGAGUCCAUUUUAAUAUUUUUCAUCCUGCUGGCAGUUUUAUCUUAUCUGAAGUUUCACAAUAGUCACAAACAGAGCCCUUUUUCUGCCAGGUGGUGGAUUUGGCUGUUACUAACAGGGGUCUCCUGUUCCUGUGCAGUUGGGGUGAAAUACAUGGGCCUCUUCACUUACCUCCUCAUUCUGAGCCUGGCAGGGAUCCAUUCCUGGCAACUGGUUGGAGAUCGCUCCUUGUCCAACUUGGGUAAUGAAACAUCUGCCAAGAAAACCAACCACUACAGAGAGCACCAGGGACUCCACAGUCCGACCAUGAGCUCCAAGUAUUCUUUUCCGUUGCUUUCUCUACUCUGCAGGCAUGAUGUGGCUGCACCCCUCAGCCCGCAUUCCCAAGAGGUAUCCUGUUACAUCGAUUACAACAUUUCCAUGCCCGCUCAGAAUCUCUGGAGGGUGGAAAUUGUGAACCGCGACUCGGAUAAUGAGAUUUGGAAAACGAUCCUGUCCGAAGUCAGACUGGUCCACGUCAACACGUCGGCCGUGUUAAAGCUCAGCGGAGCCUCUCUUCCCGAGUGGGGGUACCGACAACUGGAGGUGAUUGGCGAGAAGAUCUCCAAGGGGUACCAUCAAAGCAUGUUGUGGAACGUGGAAGAACACCGUUAUGGGAAAAGCCAUGAGCAAAAAGAGAGAGAGGUGGAAUUGCAUCUGCCCACUCAGAUCAACAUCAGCCAGAAUCUCACAUUUGUUGCCAAGUUCACGGAACUGCAGUGGAAGAUCCUUACCCUGAAAAACGAGGACAUAGAACAUUGUAAAUACAGCUCAUCUCCCUUAGAUUGGAUCACCCUGGAGACCAACAUUGCUUACUGGUUCCAUUCCAGCUCAGGGGCUCAGAUUCACCUUCUGGGCAACCUCGUCAACUGGACAUCGGCCAACGUAGCCACCAUCGUCUAUGUGAUUUUGUUCCUCGGGUACCUGCUCCGGCGGCGGCGGAAUAUCCGGGAUAUCCCUGAAGAGACUUGGCAGCAGUGGCUCCUGGCUGGAGGGAUCUGCGUAGGCGGAUGGGCCAUGAACUACCUGCCUUUCUUCCUGAUGGAGAAGAACCUCUUUCUUUACCAUUACCUGCCAGCUGUCACUUUCCAAAUUCCUCUGAUCCCCGUUGUUCUGCAGCACACCAGCGACUUCCUUUGCAGAUCCAGGCUUUACAAGAGCAUGCACAGUGCUUUGGUGGCGGCCUGGAUUUCUUCCGUCUACCUGACGUACCACACCUUCCGCCCACUCACCUACGGAGAACCAGCACUCUCGAAAUCCGAGUUGCAGGCUCUACGUUGGAAGGAUAGCUGGGAUAUUUUGAUCCGCAAACGUUGAUCAAGCCCGAGAGAAACGGACGGCGGAGAUGACAUCCGGGAUUGGAUGGCCAAGAAAAGAGAAAAUAAUUCAUAUGAAUGAUUUCUUCCAUUUUGGACUAGAAAACCGUAUUGUCGAAUUGGAAAUGCCUGUAGAAUGGAUUUGCAGCGUUCCCCCCCCCCCCUAUGUUUUUGUUGCAGAUGUGAAAUUUGUUCCAAAGGAUAGCAAUGUAGUUGGACAAGGGAAAGAAUCGCAGGGGCCCUUUUGCUCACUCAGGACAGAGAAAAGAGACUAAUGCACCCUGCGUCCCUUGAGCAUGGAAAGAGUGCAUAGGCCAGACUGGCUGGCCAGAGACUCCUUUGAUGGGGAUAGGAUUCUAUUGUACUGGGGCAGAACCUUCUUGGAGCGAGGGCCUCCCAUGGAAACAGAGCUGAGCAGGUGUGGUCUCCUACCGGUUUAACAACCGGCUCAUUGCACACUUUAGAGAAUACUUACCUUUCAGAAUGCAGCUUGGGAAGGAAAUCAGCCGAGGAAUGGCAAUCCACUUAGGGGCGGGUUAGGGUCUUAACUGGUUAAAUCCCACCUCUACUUGUGACGGUUAGAAGCACGAGCUUCAGGUCCGGGGAGGCUGGGAAGCCAGGCAGAGGGCAGGCUACACCGGACUUGCUUGGCGUCAACCCUGAAGUGAUUUUGGUUUGAGACCACCUUGCAGGCUUCAGGGUUGCUACAGGGCAGAAGAACGGACAGGGAGGGGUAGGAAAUACAUAGAUGGGGCUUUAUAGUCAAAAGCGGAGUAAAAAAGCGGAGCGGAGCAAUCAAGCAGACACCCGGCACCUCGAUUGGAAAAUGGGAAGAAAGGGGGGAAGUUUCACUUCACUCUACAUGGGAGUGGGCGGCAUACAAAUUUUAUUAAAUUCCAAAUUCUAAAAUUAGCUGAAAACGGCAGGAACUUUCAGAGUUGGUUUUCACUACUUGCACCAACACGAUGUAUCCAAUAAACCUUCCGAUCGAUCUGUCUCGGAA